ACAGAAACUGAGAAGGACCAAAGCGAAGGCUCACCUCAGACACCUGUUCUCAUUUUCAUUUUUGGUUCGACCUUCUUCUGUCAUUUUCAACUGUUGUAGGUUGAGUCAUUGGCAUCAUUGGCAUCAAUCUUGUUCUCAUCUGUACUGCUUUGCGUGCUUGUGGUUAUUAUUUUUUGUGUGGAUGAAGUAGCCGGACGCUAGUGGUACAGUAUCCCUAGCUAGGCCAGGUCAGUUUGUGUGUUUUCGUACUGUUUUGCUGAAAAAUGCAAUCUAUCCGACCUACCACUGCUGAAGGCAGUGCGGCGAGUAGACCAAUAGGAGAAGCAGCCGAGGCAGAAAAUGAUGACGUUAGUAGCGACGAGGAUGAAGUGUUGGAGGAAAGUCCCUGCGGGCGCUGGCAGAAGAGGAAAGACGAGGUGACGCAGAAGGAUGUGCCCGGUAUUGAUGCAACCUACUUGGCUAUGGACACUGAAGAGGGCGUCGAAGUGGUGUGGAACGAAAUGCAGUUUUCGGAACGCAAGAAGUUUCGCCUGCAGAAGAGUCGCUUGGAGAAGACGUUCAACAAUCUCACCAAACUUCGGCAUAAUAACAUUGUCAAGUUUUACAAGUAUUGGAUAGAUGACAAGUCUGAAGGCCCCACCCGUGUGAUCUUCAUCACCGAGUAUAUGACAUCCGGAUCAAUCGGACAGUUUUUGAGGCGCAGCAAGAAGAACAAGAAAGGUGUCAACUUGAAGAUGUGGAAAAGGUGGUGCCGUCAGAUUCUGUAUGCCUUGAGCUACUUGCAUGCUUGUGACCCACCGAUCACCCACGGUGGUUUGAACUGUGACACAAUCUUCAUCCAGCACAAUGGGCUCAUCAAAAUCGGCUCAGUCGCUCCGGAUGCCAUCAAUGACCAUGUUAAGACGUACUCGGCGCCUCGCCGCAACCUCCACUACAUAUCACCGGAGUAUGGCCAAGGUGUAUAUACUGGUGUUGACAUCUAUGCUUUUGGAGUGUGUGCGUUGGAGAUGGCGUCCAUGGAGCUGCAGGGUAACGGUGGCUCAGAGGAUGGCGAGACACAUGCUCCGCCGGUAGGGAGUCACGAUGCCACUAUAAAUGCUGUGAAGAAAUUGGACGAGGAGAACCAAAGGGCUUUCCUACAAUUGUGUCUGACCACUCGUGAUCAGCGCCUUUCAGCCCGUGACCUACUUCUUCACCCAUUGAUCUUUGAGGUGCAUCCCCUGCGCUUGUUUGCUGCACACAGUCUCAUACAACUGGACGAGACACUGGUAAACCAUCUGCUGGCUGAGAAGACAGCCGCUCUAGCUGCGUCACACGCCUCCCAUCCGGAUCAAAUCCUGGCAGAAAGGAGGCACGCAGAUGGCCGGACAUCGGGGGGAAUCACGAUUUCCACCUGCCCGCCAAUGGACGUGGAGAAGAUUGUCGAGGAGACAAGGGAUGGCUUGUUUCCGCUGACUUCCAUUCAUCUACCCAAGCCGCCUUUGACACUGGAGCAAGCACCCGCUGCUGAAGUCAACGAGACCGAGAAGCCGGAUGACAACAUCGUUCCUGAAACUCGUCGGGUUCAUUACUUAAUAAAGUGUGCUCUUGAACCCAAGGAUGAGGACCCAGAAUUGCUUGAGAUGAUUUUAACCAUGCGGUUGGAUGACGGAUUGCGGCGAGAGGUGCGAACUCCGGUCUCUAUCGAUGAAAACCCGAUGGAACUUGCUCAAGACCUAGUAAAAGAAGGUCUCAUCCACGAGAAAGAAGCCUCUCGAAUUGGAGCAAACUUCAUGGUGUACUUCAGGGAGGCCAAAGCGGAAAGAGCUCAGGCAACUGGCAAGUCGCCUUCGGCACAGAAGCGGGAACAAGAAGAACGGCCGCCGCAAGCCGCAGCUGAUGCAUCUGCUACGGUUGCUACAGCCCCAGACCCGCAGCAGCAGCAGCAGGGGCAGCAGCAGCAGGGGCAGGGGCAGCAGCAGCAGGGGCAGGGGCAGCAGCAGCAGGGGCAGGGGCAGGGGCGGCAGCAGCAGCAGCAGCAGCAGCAGCAGCAAGGGCAGCAAAAGCCACAACCGCAAGAGCCUCUGCCACAACUACAACCAAUACAGGAGCAGCAGCAACAACAGCAGCAGCAAGUUUCUUCUCAGCCACUUGCUUCCGUCCAGUCACAGGUGCCCCAGGAUGCAGUGAUGCAGCAGGUAGCAUCACCAGACGUUCCUCAGCAGAUACAACUUCCAUCUGGUCAGCAGUUCCAAGUGGUGCCAGUACCGUCCCAUGAACUGGAACAAGAGCAAACGUCACCUGAACACCACCCUCAGCAGCUGUCCCCAUCAACAGAAGCUCUACCCAGUCAAGAUCAACAAGUGCAGCAGCCUCAGCAGACGCAGGCGCAGCAGCCUCAGCAGACGCAGGCGCAGCAGCCUCAGCAGACGCAGGCGCAGCAGCCUCAGCAGACGCAGGCGCAGCAGCCUCAGCAGACGCAGGCGCAGCAGCCUCAGCAGACGCAGGCGCAGCAGCCUCAGCAGACGCAGGCACAGCAGUCGCAACAGACACAGGCACAAGAGCAACACGCCCAAUCGCAAUAGUGAGCGAACGGCGUGUCAAUGUCAAUGACCUCUGGUCACUGUUUCUGUGUGGUUACAAACCUCUGUUCUAGCUGUAUAGAACCCCCAUGUGGAUACGCAUCUGAAAACACCAGAGCAAGACGUCUGGUAUUGUAUAGUGUACAGCUGGUUUUCAUACAUGCAUUUCAAUGCUGAAAAUAGUCACUUUGUUCAAAUUGUAUAUAGCUUGUUUGCACUCAAUCUCUGAUUGUUUGCACCUGGGUUGUCGUCACUCUCACCUGUGCCCAGUGUGUUAUGUCGUAUCUGUACAGUGUCCACUGAGCGUACGUGUGAUGUUCUGUUUGUAUAGUUGUGUUUAGUCGACUGGGUCCGGGCUUGGUACUCGCCCCACCGCUGAUGUCUUUCAUUACCCGCUGCUAUGCUUGUUCUCCAAUGGCUGUCUGGUUGUAUUGCGGAUGACCCCAUGCACUGGCUGUUCCCUUGCUGAUCUUUCCUUCUCGCUGCUACUAAUGUCCUCUCGGCUGAAUCUAGAACAUACGUACACCUUAGUACCCUGUAGUCAGAACUGAACGUCUGUCAUGAAACACACACCGAUACACACGCAUGCACACACACGCGUGCACACGUCCGCUGUUUCCUUCUCUUUUUUUUUAAAUAUCCGCCGUAUCCUGGUACUAUCCUUUUUUUAAAGCUGUUCCUUAAAUAUGGAGAAACCCCAAGCUAUCACGAACGAAAGUGGUCUGUCUCUUAGCUGGAAACCUGUAUCGAUUCUCUUGAUCUUGCUUUCUUCGAUUUUAUUUUCAUGUUCUUCGUCACCCGGCUGAAACUCACCAAGGCUGUAUUCUUUUUCGGCUUCUGCUGUACCGAUAUUGAUAUAGCUGUGUGCUGUA